UCAAGAACGUACGGAGAGGUGGACUGUAACCAGCUAUUUUGUUGCAAUAGAAUGAAACUUGGAGUUCGGAACAAUAAAGUUUUACCAGACGUGGUUAAACUUGGGGGUCGCUAUGUUCGCUGUUCUACUACCUCCUUUUUCACCCAUUAAGACCUUCGUAAAAGCCAUUUUAUCCGCUCAGACAGGUGUAGGUCGUACCGAAUCUGCUCAUUACAUUUUUUAUCCUUUGCGACGCGACGAGUAACUCGGCUUGUCAUUAUUUUAACGAAUUUCUCGACGACAAAUAGCUCUCUUUUUUCCAUCUGGGUGGUGAUACGGUACGCGAACAAUUACUGCACGAAAAGUGGAAGCGAUGAAUUUGAAAACCGACACUCCGAAAACGCGCCAAAAUUUAUUAGAUAUAACGGGUGAAAUGUGUAACACAUCGCUAACAGGGUAAUACGGGCAUCGGAAAAAGGGUUCCAAGUUCAAGAGACCACCCUCGAAAUCGCGAGUAACACGAGAAGGUUUUCGAUCAUCAAACUUGUAGUUUUUUUUCUCCCUUUCUCCGUAUUAGUAUCAUAUAGCUGAGCUCGCCAGAAACCCGAAUCAAAAUCAGUGUGGUGAACGUAGUAGUUACCGCUGCGAAAUAACGGGGAGAUUUCAACACGGGUUUUUGCAUUAAGCGAAAGGUCGCGACGCGCCGAACGAUGUGUUGGUAUCAGCAACUUAUGUGGGUACAGUUGAAGCACACCCCCCCGCCCAGAACGAGGUGCCCACUCGAAGAUUUUUAGGCGACAAAGGGUUGCCGUUAGAUCUUAUUUGAUACCCCACGAACGCGAACGGAGUGCCCGUGCGGAGAGCGUGUUGAUUAGCAAAAUGAGAUAUCGACUCAACGGACGAUGCUAAUUUUAAAACACGCGGCAACGAUGCGAUUUUUGUGCCAUGAAAAACGUCUAGUGUAACGGUCGAAUAAUUCUACGUAUUGAGCCACAAGCAAAAUUAUCAUCAGACUAUCGUCGUCACUUGAAAAAGAUGAAAAAUUCCAUGCCGAUAUUAAAUUAUAUUCAAACUGCAGCUGGUGUACUUCAGAUAAUUUUCUUACGACUUUUGGAAAUGAGAUUCAGUCCUGAGAAUGGUCAAUGGUCAGCUCGGAAUCGGUGAUCCCGUUCAUGCUUUCUAAAACGCUUCCUGACAGCUUUGUAUAGCUUUAUUCGAAACGGGGGGGUGUUUCAAUUCGUCGGGUCUUUUGGGCUUUAUUCACCCUACACCGAACGGAGUAGAUUCAUUGAUUAUUUUUUCCUGUACAUGUACAUCAAUCAUCGCCUUCGGAAAAUUCCUCGAAGACGAGUCGUAUUUAUAACUUAUCCCUCGCAUCUCAGAAAUCCUGUGUGCUUCGGUACAGUAAAAAAAGCAGAACAACAUCGCUAGACGUUGCAAUGUAUAAAAAUAUCCGGUCGGAUCAGCGACGACGAGUCCUAUGCCAAACAAGAGGCGUUCACCGUAUAUUAGGCAACGUACGUAACUAAUAAUAUACCUGAUCGAAUUUAUCUCCGACGAACGUAUCGGCGGAAUAGCUACCAUCGUACGUAACGUUGUAUAAAAUGGCAUCGCCGCAGAGAUAUGAAACACGCUAUGUAUAGCGUAUACCCCGCAGGUAUACGUAGCACAUUAUGAAUAUGUAUACAUAUAUAUAUACGGGGUGAAGUUAGGUGCCCGUAUACGGAUCGUUGGAAUGUGCGACUGGCUUAUCGCCGCGUACAACGGAACCGCUCCGCUUCAUCGCAGCUAACAAGCUAUAUUUGCUUUCAUCCCUUGCAGCAUGUGAUACCGCAAGGAUUUUCAUAGCGCGUAUUAUUUACCUGGGCGGAAGCGCGUGUGGUAUUCGCCUUUCACCGAAUCAACUGCUUGCGAAACUUUGUUAAAAUGAUCGGAUGGCUCCCGCUUUCAUGAUUGAUAAUGCGACCGAUCGUCAGUUUAAUUAAUUUGCCCAUUCCACACUAUCGCAGCCGCACGCUACCGCGCAUCGUAUACUUGAUCAAAGCGCGUGCAACAAAAGUCCUUUCUGUACUCGGAUUUUAUUUUCAACGUUGAUUUCCACCGCGCAAAACCUCGAGAAGAUUGCAGGGCAUAGCGGGCGUUCCAAUAUCUGAUUAAUCGACGAAGUUAAUCGAUCAGGUGUAAGUGUAUUCAUAUUAUUUCCGUUCGUUUUCCUCCGAGCUGAAUUAGUCCUACAUUCGACUCCGGUAUAGGACUCCUGGCUCUUUAGGAUUCUUUUUUUGUUCGGUGAUAUGGAAGUCCGCGAAUAGUUGCCCGUUGUAUGGAAUGUAAACUGGAUGAUAUACUUCGCGAAACGCAAGAGGUGUACGAAACGAAUUCAGCCACGGUUGAAUACCACCCCCCCCCGCUGGAAACCUGGUUUGCUUCAAUUCCAUAGCAACCAGCGCUUCGCGAUACCGGAAAUCCUUUCGAACGGGAUGGCUGUAAAACCGCAACGGCAGUGGCCCCGGCAAGAACCCAAACCGAAUUUCAUUCAUCGAUAAACCCCGGUAGGAAACUCCGACGGGAUGGUCGGACGUACGUUUCAUCCCGUGAUGAAUGCAAACUUUGAAAAUAUGUAAUACCGACUCGAUACCGCUACUUAUCCUCUCCGACAUCAAUUCGAAUUACGCAAAUUUUGCAAUUGAUCGUUCGUAUAAUCAUGAGUUACAGCCCGCCAGUCAUUUUUCACCUCCCGGCCGUUUUACCUGCGCGUAAUUUAUGGUAGUCAUCAUGUUCUCUCGUCACUGCGAUCAUAAACAUGUUUUUCAGUUUAUAAUUUUUAUGUUCAGCUGUAACUUGUACGGUAGAAAAAUUUCAAACUUGAAUUUUACACCACCUGUUCGGCUGAUCUUUGACGAUGAACUUCGAUUCGCAAUAACAGCCUGUUUUCGCUGCAGCACCGGUAACAACCGGUUUUUCCAAUCACGAUUAGAAAUUAGUCGAUCUUUUGUCAGCUAAACCCGGAAAAGCAGGUUUGUCCGCGCGCCGGUUAUCCGUAUGUAAAACGAUGACUUUGACCUACGACUCCCGCAAAGCAUCCACUCGAGUCGUAAAAUCUAUGCUUCUUAUUUCCUGCGUAGUCAGUCAAUCUUUCAGAUUCCGGAUUUUCAGAAUGUUUCAAACACCGGGCAAAGCUGUACGUCCGACGUCCAACGGCCAAAAAAAAUCGGCAUAGACGUGAUUGUUCGACGAGACAAUCAUGGGAAAGUGUAACUUCAGAGUAUGGAGUGUCUUUAGGAAUCAAGUGAUCGCCACCGUAACAGCCACUCUCUCCGUACUGGCCGGGGGAAUUCAUACGGGAUGGACGUCGCCGUCUCUUCCGAAAUUGCUGGCGGAUGAUUCCGAUCUUCCGGUGACUUCGGAUCAGUGUUCUUGGAUCGCCAGUAUAAAUGCGGUGUCGAAUAUACCGGGUGCAUUUUUUGCCGGUGCGAUCGUCAACAGAUGGGGUAGAAAGUUCGCCCUUCUUUUGACCGCAUUUCCCUGCAUCGCUGCCUGGGUUUUAAUCAUGUCGGCGCAAAAUUACUUGUGGCUCUACGUCGCGAGGAUGCUUUCCGGCAUAGGUAACGGCAUGACGGGUACGAUUCUGCCGAUGUAUCUGGGAGAAAUAGCACAGGAUGAUGUGCGGGGUGCAUUUGGUCUCAUGAAUCAUUCGAUGAUGAGUCUGGGAAUGUUGAUAUCUUACUCAACCGGCCCUUGGGUGAGUCGCGCGCACUUAGCCGUCGUAGGAAUCGUAAUGUCAUCAAUUUUUGUGCUGACCUUCUUCUGGAUGCCGGAAACACCCCACUUUUUAGUGACGAAAGAGCCGGAGGACGCUAGAAAAAGUUUGGAAUGGCUACGUGGAAACAGCGACGUUGCCGAGGAGGUGAAAAAUAUCAAAAUAACGGUGGAAUUCGACAGGGAGAUCGCUUGUACAACGACCAGUGAUAUUCUUAGCGAACCCGGGAAUCGCAAGGCUCUCUCGAUUGCCACUGUGUUGAUGAUCGGCCAACAAGUGAGCGGAAUCGGUGCGGUUAACUCUUACUCUGGGAUAAUUUUAUCGAAAACAGGAUCUACCUUGGACGUGGGAUUUCUUAUAAUCAUCAUCGGAUUGGUGCAACUAAUGGGUGGUCUUCUGAGCAUGUUCACGGUGGACCACGCCGGACGCCGACCUGUUUUAUUGUUCUCCGUUUUCGGCAGUAUCGUAUUCCUCGUGGGAGAGGCUUUGUACUUCCAGCUGGAAGCGAGUGGAAUCGAUGUUCGUUCUUUGUCAUGGCUUCCGUCGACGAGUAUGGUCGGUUACAUGGUCAGUUAUUCGAUUGGUCUGGGAUCCCUCGCUUCCGUAGUGAUAUCUGAAAUAUUUUCGUACAAUAUCAAGGCGAUUGCCUCGAUUUGGGCGAUGGCGGUAUCUUCGGUAAGCGCCAUGACCGUAACUAAACUCUACCAAGUGAUCGCCGACGCUUACGGAAUUCACACGGCGUUUUGGGGGUUCGCCCUCGCUACGCUGUUCACUGGGAGUUUCUUGUACUUUUUUCUGCCCGAAACAAAGCAGAGAUCGUUGGGCGAGAUACAAGCGGAAUUGCGGGGUACGAAAAAAACCGACACGGUAGCGGACAACCCCUAGUUGGCGUUUACAUUGUACGAAUUUUUUUCUAAUACGAAUCUCGCAAAACUACGUGCUACAAAUCUGUGAUUUUUUUGAUUAUCUUAUAACAUGGUAAAAUGUACAUCAAUGUUCCGGAUAUAAUUUACCAAAACUAUUGUACUAAUCUAAUUGAUAAGAAGGAGAGACGUCGGAAACUGAUGAGAAAUAUAAGAAGAAUUAAAAAAAGAGCAAACGAAGAGAGAA